CCGCGUUGAUUAGGCUUUUCUCGUGGGCGACCAAACACAAGUACCACGGAUCUGUAAGACGACAAAGGCGGACACAUUCAUGAUUGUCAGCUCUCUGUGCCAUUCGCGCGUGCAUUGCCAGCACUCAUCGUUUGUCACCAGUCUCUUUCGUCGAGGAGGCGUUCGGAGACGUCACGCCCGUCACGUCAAAGUCCGAAAAUGUGACACCCUGGUGACCUCCUCCGCUUGCAACCCUUCGACUUUUGGGAGUGUUCCUACAGGCGAUGGUCUCCGAGAAAUCGUCAAAGCUGCCUUUAGCGAAGCGGUUACUGCAGUAUUAUCGAGAGGAACCCUAGUUGACGUGAACAUCUCGGAGUGCUCAAACAACGUAGUAGGCGACUACCAGUGUAACAGCGCUAUGCCGAUUUUUGCUGAAUUGAAACAGAAAGGGGAUACGUCAUUUUCUAAUCCACGCUCCCUUGCCGAAGCGAUUGUGGAAGCAAUUCCGGGAAGAGAACACCUUUUCGCGCAGACAUCAGUCGCUGGUCCUGGAUUUGUGAACGUGACUUUCUCUGCUAGUUUUCUCGCGGCUGGAGUUCUUGACACUGUGGUGAACUCCACUGAUGAGAAAAUCCGCAUUCCACCGCAGCGAAAUAUGUCUAUUCCCAAGCGGGCUGUGGUAGACUACUCCUCUCCAAACAUAGCCAAGGCAAGUGAGAUGCAUGUUGGCCAUCUUAGGAGUACCAUCAUCGGCGAAACGAUUUGUCGAGCUCUUGAAUCGUUUGGAGUCGAAACAGUCAGGUUAAAUCACGUCGGAGAUUGGGGAACACAGUUUGGAAUGCUGCUGACGCACUUACACGACAUGCAAAUGGGAUCUGACUUUGCCAUCACAGAUCUUCAAGAAUUUUACAAAGUCGCAAAACUUCGGUUCGAUAAGGACGACGAUUUCAAGGCAAGAGCCCAGUCUGCGGUUGUUCGACUUCAAGCCGGCGACGUGCAGAUGAGGAAGCUCUGGGAAGAGAUCUGCGAGAUAAGUCGUCGCGAUUUCGAGGAGAUUUAUAGGGUCCUCGACAUCUCCAUUAUUGAGCGAGGCGAAAGUUUCUAUAAUGAAAUCAUUCCUCUUGUUCUUGACGAGCUGGUGAAGAAAGGAAUUGCCGUGGAAGAUCAGGGCGCUUUGUGCAUUUUUGGAAAUUUAGAAUCCACUCCGUUGAUUUGUAGAAAGAGUGACGGCGGAUUCAACUACGCCUCGACGGAUCUUGCUGCACUUUGGCAGCGCACAACCCAAUUAGAAGCGGAUCAGAUUAUAUACGUCACAGAUGUGGGCCAGAGCAAGCAUUUUGAAGCAAUCUUUGAUGCAGCCAAUAGAGCUGGAUGGCUAGACAAGAAGGACAACACAAAAAUUAGGUUAGAUCAUGUUGGAUUUGGGCUGGUCAUGGGAGAAGAUGGAAAGAGGUUUCGAACCCGCUCGGGAGGCACUGUCCCUCUAAGGUCACUUCUCAGCGAGGCCCAAUCUAGAUGCCUAGAGAGUCUGCAAACAAGGAGCAGUGACCUCGACGAUAAAGAACUCCUGGAGGCAUCUCACAUCAUGGGCAUUGCUGCGGUUAAAUAUGCGGACCUUCACAACAAUCGCUCAACAAAUUAUGUGUUUUCUUAUGAUCGCAUGCUGGACAUGAAAGGGAACACAGCAGUUUAUUUGCUGUACACGCACGCUCGCAUUUCCACAUUGCUGAGUCGUGCUGAGGAUCAGGAUCUGACGUCACCCGCCCAUCAAAUGGUAUUUACAGAUGAGAAGGAGAGAGCCUUAGCUGUCGCCAUUUUGAAGCUCCCUGACGCCUUGCGUGCGGUAGUGCAGGAUCUACUCCCUUCAAGACUUUGUGACUAUGCAUAUCAUUUGUGCGUUGCAUACAAUGAGUUCUACAGUACUUGCAAGGUGAUCGGCAGCCCGGAAGAGAAAUCGCGGCUGAUCCUUUGUCGCGCCACUGUUUUUUCUCUGCGGCGUGCCUUGUUUGUGCUUGGCAUCACUCCACUGCACAAACUUUGAGAUCCAUUCUCCCCGCGGUGGCUAGAUUGUUUGCAUGCGCCCAGUUUUGCAGCUGCAGCUGCACUCUCUGAUGUUCCAGUCUUUUUUCUUCAUAAAAGUUGGAUUGGACGUUGGAUAUCACAGGACGACAGUAAAAUAUGCUUGCAAUCAGGAUUUUGUGCGACAAACAUGGGAGUAUUUUUAUAAGGAGGACACGUUGAAACGAAAGCUGUGAAUGUUUUCGUGCUGAAUAGAGCACACGAGAAUUCAACGUUAACUUUUUUAACACUCAAUGAUUUUGUUAGCUCUAUGCAUCAAAUUCUUUGUAUGGAUAUAAAUUGACAUACUACUUCCCACAGCGAAUGUCACGUGGCACUAAGGUGUUUGUCAACUCAGACCGAUGAACGAUCUCGAAGUUGGAUCACCGUCCCAUAUAUUAUCACAAUCUCAGCUCUCCCGCAACUCUUUCAAUGAUUGCGCAGAAACCAAUUCUGCACCUGGCAGGCAAAUCAAAACAGUUGUUGACUCUGUAGAGCUUUACGCUCAACAGAUAGUACCGUUUGCAAAUGCGCUUUCAAAAUUUUAUCUGAAAACGAGUGCGCUUGUGUCUUGAUGAUCGAACAAUUCUUAUUGUCCUGCGUGAAUUCAAAACAAGAGUCCGAUGACUUGCCGCAAGAAUGUAUACACACCGAUUCAGCCGGUGCCAUGUAGACACUCGGUGUCACAUGUCGAAGGGCACUACCAAGGGCGCUAAGGCUAGCGCUGACAGAUUCAGCAAGGUUGAAGAUAGUCUCGUGUCUUGUCCUUGUCUGCUGCGGUGAGCUCCCACUCGUAGGAUGUUGUGUUCUUCGAGGACAAGCGGAAGGAACAGAAAGAGUGUCAUAGUGAAGCCUGGUAAAGACUGGGUGUUUUAGCCCAUAAGAUUGUGCUAA